AUGAAGCUAUCCAACGCAUUGGCUGCGGUAGCACUUGCUGUUUCUGGCGUUAAUGCCAUCGAACCAACAACCACGCUAGCCCCAACGGACUUCAGAGUUAACAUGAUCGAAUUACAAGCUUACUUGGCUGAUAUCAAAGGCCACAUGAUGCAAUAUCUGAGUUUCCAAGGUGCUAACCCAAAUCAGCCUUACCCAAGUCAAAUGCUUGGUGCUGUGAUGUUUGGAAAUACUGGCCCACUUUCAGAGAUUGCACCUGAAACAAUCACAAUGAUGAUUACAGGUGUCCCUUGGUAUAGUGAAAGACUUGUUGGUGCUAUUGCCGCAAGAUUGGCUGACGCAGGUAUUGUUACUGCCUGGCCAUCUCCAUCUCCAUCUCCAAGUCCAUCACCAUCACCAUCACCAUCACCAUCACCAUCACCAUCACCAUCACCAUCACCAUCACCAUCAUCACCAUCACCAUCACCAUCACCAUCACCAUCACCAUCACCAUCUCCAUCACCAAGUCCAUCACCAUCUCCAUCACCAAGUCCAUCACCAAGUCCAUCACCAUCUCCAUCACCAAGUCCAUCACCAAGUCCAUCACCAAAAUCCCCAUCACCAUCUCCAAGCAGCUCCUCCUCAUCCUCUUCUAUGCCAAGCAGCUCCUCAUCCUCCUCUUCUAUGCCAAGCAGUUCCUCAUCCUCCUCUUCUAUGCCAAGCAGCUCCUCAUCCUCCUCUUCUAUGCCAAGCAGUUCCUCAUCCUCCUCUUCUAUGCCAAGCAGCUCUUCCUCUAUGACACCAUCUCAAAAGGCUUCCAUAAUCCCAUCUUCUGCAGCUCCAAGCUCAUCGUCUUCAAUAGUCACAACUUCUUCUAUAUCAUCUGCCGACGCAUCGCCUGUUCUCCCAUCAUCGGUUGUUUCCUCAUCCUCUACAGAGCCAUCAUCGGCUAAUCCAAGAUCAAUUAGUUCUGUCUCUAACUCUACGACUAUUAUAUCGAUGUCUUCUCAAACAGGUUCUCUGAAUAACAUAUCAAGCACUGUAUUUGGCAACACCACAGUCUCAAUGCCUUCUCCAACUACGGUAGUUGUAACCAACACUGUCGGGGAGGUCAUUACUGAGGUCAUCACUUAUUGCCCAGAAACCGAUCACCAUGGUAACGUGGGAACCAGUACUUCCAGCUAUAUAAUCGGUACUUCAAGGGUAAGUCAGGACACCAUGACAACCAAGAUAGUAGAAGAUAAUAUCACAAAAACUGCCAUUGUUUAUUGUGAAACCACUACCGAUUCCAAAGGACAAGCUUCCACAAAGACAGUCACUGUCUGUCCUGAAUGCACUUCCAUUAAUUCCAAAAGUGGCUCCAAGAGUACGGAAACAGUUACAGCAACCACCAAGCCUGUCGUUAAUGUUUCUAAUGGAGUAACUUCGACCACCUUCAUCACUGAAUAUGUUACUGUCAAAUCAGGUAUUCCUACAACAUCCUCCACUCCAGGUGGUAAAUCCGAUGUUCAACAAGCAAAGAUUGCUACCACAACUACAACUUUAACUAGUAAGCAACAACAGGAUUCAUCUAUAAAGAUUCAAUCUCAAUCUGGAACCGUGAAACCUCAGGUAGAACAACAAGUGUCUGCUUCUGCUGCUAAGCAACAACAUUCAAGUGUUGUGGUAUCACAAUAUGCAGGUUCAGCUGCAUCUUUGAAUGGUCUAGGCUCAAUUGGAACCCUAGUAACAUUAUUAGUGUUAAUGUUAAUCAACUAA